UCCGUUCCAAACACUGUGUACAGUAUGAUUGGUGCUAGCAGUGUUGGACCCAUCACGUGGGACGAUGCCACGUGGAUCUUAACCAGUUCAUUUAUCAUCUUUACCAUGCAAUCAGGAUUUGGUUUGCUUGAGGCUGGUUGCAUUUCAAGCAAAAAUGAGGUAAACAUUAUGGUAAAAAACGCCGUGGAUGUUGUAUUUGGAGGUUUGUCUUACUGGAUGAUCGGGUUUGGACUCAGCUUCGGUGACGACGAGUACUCCAAUCCUUUCUGUGGAAUAGGAUAUUUCUUUGUGGAUACCACAGACGAACACAUGGGAAUUCUUUAUUCCACAUUUGUGUUCCAAAUGUCUUUUGCCACUACAGCAACGACAAUAGUAUCUGGCGCCAUGGCGGAAAGAACCAAGAUGACUGCAUACAUCAUCUUCUCGUUCUUUAAUACACUGAUUUACUGCAUUCCGUCUCACUGGGAGUGGGCAGCUAAUGGAUUUCUGCGAACAUUAGGAGUGGUCGACGUGGCGGGGGCCGGGGCCGUUCAUCUUGUAGGUGGUAUAUCGGCACUUGUUGCGACUAUUAUUCUCAGGCCGAGAAUCGGUCGUUAUGAUAAUGGGAUAAAGCCGCCACCUCUUGGUAACCCAGUCAGUGCAUUGAUUGGGAUGUUCAUGCUCUGGUGGGGCUGGCUGGCUUUCAACUGUGGAAGUACCUUCGGAAUCUCGGGAGGCAAAUGGAAAUUGGCGGCAAAGUCGGCUGUGGUCACUUUGAACGGGUCCAUUGGUGGUGGAGCGAUUGGCAUCCUUAUCUCAUAUAUUCGAUUCAAGGGUAAAUACGACAUCAGUUGCAUUGUGAACUCGGUGUUAGGUUCCCUUGUAUCCAUAACAGGUGCUUGUGCGGUAAUUCGACCAUGGGAAGCGCUCGUGGUUGGUGCCUUGGGUGGGGCGUUGUCGCUGAUGUCAAUUCACGUUUUAGACAAACUGAAGAUAGAUGAUCCUGUGGGAGCGAGCUCAGUACACGGGACUUGUGGUAUAUGGGGAUUGCUGGCUGUUGGUCUGUUUGCCAGAUACGAUCCGCUGGAGAACACCACGAUGGGCCGUAGUGGCGUUUUUCAUGGUGGUGGUUUCUAUUUACUGGGAGUUCAGCUACUUGCUGUGGUGGUGAUUUCCGUGUGGAGUGCUGUUUUAUCCUUGGUUGUACUUAUGAUUUUGAAGUUUACAGUUGGACUAAGAUUGAGUGUUGAUCAAGAACUCAUGGGUGCCGACUAUUCCGAGCACAUGAUUGGUCAUGAAACCUUAGUGGAACAUAUGAUCCAAGAUUAUAUACAGGAUUCCCACGAGACUCGCGAAACACCACUGUCUUCAGUUUCUGGAAAAGUCAACAGUUGUGCCGAUGAAUUACAACUUUGUGAAAAAGAUGGAAAUAUCGAAAACAAGAAGAGAAAAGAGCAAAACAAGUGUGUAACAUUUCGCAGAGGUUCAUGUAUUUCCAGGCUUUCUUACCAAAUCUCCAGGAGCGUUCUCACAAAACAAGAGAAGGUGGCACCUGUUAAUAACAACAGUAAUGGAAUCCCAGGCCAAAUAGAAGGACACGUGUAA